AUGGCUGGUUUCCCCGUUGCUGCCGCCGCCAUCGCCCGCCCCAACAAAAUCAUAGUGGGGGCCACUCCUUCCGGCGCUCCGCUCAAGGACGCCCUCGUCCCCCGCAUCCGCGAGGAGCCGGGCAUCGAGGUCCAGGACCUCGGCAUCGGCUUCACCAUCGCCGCCGACGUCGGCCGCCGCGUCUCGUCCUCCCGCGGAUCCGGGGCCCGCGGCCUCGUCGUCUGCGGCUCCGACCACAUCGGCUCCAUCCUCGCCAACAAAUUCUCCGGUAUCUUCGCGACGGCCUGUCGAUCCGUCGACGACGCCGUCGACGCCCGGUCCAUUUCCAAUUCCAACGUCCUCGUCAUCUCCCCCAAUUCCACGCCGUGGGACUUCGCCUACGAUAUCUUCCGCGCCUGGCUAAAGACCCCCUUCAAGUCCCCCUGCCCUGCCUCUGGCGGCUGGCCCUGGGGCGACGGCGUCCAGGAAUCCCUCGAUCGAGCCCAAUUCGAAAUGGCCCAGAUAGGUGUGCGGAUCUCGGAGCCGGAUGUUUGCGUUUCCUGGCCAUUUUGCUGCCUGGCGAAUUCCCCGGUGACGAGUCCGUUCGAAAAGAUCCCUGGGGGAUCAGUGAAGAUAAUCCGAGAGAACCCGACAUCGGCGACCGUGAAGUUCAACGCCGGGAGCUUGGAGCCACCUCAUCACCAUACCUCCGGGCACGAACGGCUGUUGCUGCAGGGCGAGAUGAGCGUCUGGAACUUGAGCAAGAAGAAGAGGUACGACUUGGGGGCUGGGAAUUACUUGUUCACGCCCGGUGGGGAUGUGCACAUGGUGAAAUACCAUAAGGACACGAAGUUAUUUGUCAACUGGUUCGGCCCCUGCAACAUGUUCUUCGACCGGGAACUCGACACUGCUGAGAUGGCCAUCGACGAGUAA